GCUAGCACUGCAGCAGGAAAUAAUCCAAGUCAAAUGCUAAUUGAGUGAACUACUAUCCUACUUCACUAGUUGUUGUUCUUGCGGACGAGACGAAAGGGGAUCGGAAUGAUGGAGGCGAGGUACGUGAAGGUGGCGUCCCGGUUCUUCCUAGCCGGGAAGGCGGGGAACGCCGGCGAUGGCUGCGGCGGUCAUGGCCACCACUUCCUCGACGCCUGCUUCUUGUGCAAGCGCGAGAUCACCUCGGACCGCCACAUCUUCAUGUACAAGGGCGACGCGGCGUUCUGCAGCGACGAGUGCAGGCAGGACCAGAGGGCGAUGGACGCGGCGCUCAAGGCCGCCAGGCGCCGCCACCGCUCCCUGCUGCGCAGCGCGUCCCUGCCUGUGCCGGCCGCGGGGAGCGCGCCGGUGGGGAUGCCACGGCGUCCAACCAUCGCGGGCCUCGCCUCCGCGACACCGUCGUGCCCGGCUAGCUAGCCAUGAACAUAGCGCAAGCUACCUCUCGGCCGUCGACGUCGUCGAUUCAUGCCGGAGGAGGAAGAGAUUCUCCGGCGGCGCGUGGUCUGUGCAAAUUUUUGCCGUCUCGGAUGGUUUAUUUGCUGGCCUCCUGGUGGUCCGUCGGAGAAGAUGCGAGCUGGUACACGGACGUGUAGCCUCACGACGGGCCGAUAGAUCGCGGAGAACAAAGUCUAGAGCUGCAUGACGAUGCCGUAGCAAAGGCCGAUUGCAUCUCUCCGCGGAAGGUGUAGCUAGGAAUAAUGUAACCUUCUGUUCCCUAGAGUACAUGUACUGGUACUUGCUUCGUUCUCAUCAGUCAAGUGCAACCUAAGGAUGACCAUCA